AUGCAGAGUACAAGAGAGAACAGUAACUCAAGCAAUAAUUUUUUAUUUAAUUUUUCAAGGCCAUUGAAUGAGAAGAUCUUGCUGUUGCAGAUCCUGGUUGGGAUUUUUCUCUAUAUAAACUGCUUGAUGAUAUUCACAUUUCUAAAAAAAGAGGUGUUUAGGGAGGAAACGCGAUACAUUUUGUUUGCACAGACCUUAUUUGUGGAUACUGCUUUCAUACUGUUAUCUGACUUGCUUUCAGUUGGGACUUAUUUCCAGUACGCUAUGCACAUGGGUAUUUGUACUCUCGGCUAUGUAAUUCAGAGCUUUUUCAGCUGCUGUACACCACUGACUUUGGUGGCUAUGUGUCUGGAACGCUAUGUGGCUAUAUGCAUGCCUUUGAGGUAUGCUGACAUCUCCACAAGCAGGACCAGAUUAUAUGGGCUUUUUAUCAUAUGGAGUAUCAGUUCUAUAAUUCCAGUGUUCAACUGUAUAGGAUAUUGGGCAGCAGCCCCACCUGCUGCUCUGUUCUCCUAUGCUGUGUGUAAUGCAGAGAUAAUGUUAGUCGAAGAAUGGCAGGCACAUGGUCGUGCUGCAAUUUAUGUUAUCCUUUUCAUUUUUAUGGUCGUUAUCAUUGUCUUCACCUACAUCAAGAUAAUGAUUGCAGCCAGAGCUGCUUCCUCUGAGAAAAAGAAAUCAACCAAUAAGAGUCUCAGAACUGUGCUGCUUCAUGGCAUUCAGCUCUUUCUGUGCAUAAUGCAGUUGUUUAACCCAUAUAUAGAAAUGGCAUAUUGGAAGGUUGAAGAAAUGACACUUAGGAAUAUAAAAUAUUCCAAUUUAAUAGUUUUUUUGUUUGUACCACGUAGUCUUAGUCCAUUGAUUUAUGGUCUCAGAGAUGAAAAAUUUUUCCAUGUUUUAAGACAUUAUGCUUUGUGUGGUACUGACCGCCUUUUCUCAACAUUAUGUGAAAUCAAACAAUUGAAAAUAAGACCAGUUUAA